AGCAGCAGCAUCAGAGGGUCUUUCUCAGACCAGAGUGGAAACAUGACUACAACACAGGAUUCCCAGGCAUCACAGAUCUUUAAGCUUGCAGUGGUGUUGGCGUUGGCUCUUCUGUUGCUGGAGGUGGAUGGCGUCUGCUCGGGGAACGGGGGUAGAAAGGGCCGGAAUCCAAAGUCUUCGGUGAAUAAGAAGUUGCUGCUCUUCAACGGUGCUCUUCCCAAACUACCCGUUCAAAUCUCAGCGAUACAUAACAAGUCUCUUUCACCAUGGGAAAUCACUAUAUCUAGGGACUCCAGUCGGGUCCCCAAAUUCAUCAGUGAGGCCCGGUGUCUGAAGAAAGGCUGUGUCGGGCCUGACGGCGAGGAGGACCUGAGCCUGGAGUCAGCACCUAUCCAGCAUGAGGUGAUGGUUCUGAAGAUGGUCCACGACAAGGUCAGAGGUCAACGCAAGAGAAAGAGAGAAAUCGUCUACCAACUCAGCUUCCAGGUCAUCACCGUGGGCUGUACCUGCAUCCGGCCCAGCGUUGUCAGACACGAUUAAGUGAAACUAGUCAUGGGGGAAAUGCCAUCAAGUGGUGAUGGAGCAGAAGUGGUAUUCAGCAGUGAAGUUGAGUUGCGUUUUCUCCAGUGACAAGGCUGAGGGCUUCCAACAAAGAAAGAAGAACCCUCUUAUUACACAGGACUGGGCAUAAACAAGAUAAUGGGCGCCAAGCUGUUAAAGAAGGUGAAAAUAAUAGUUGAGUGUUUUGCAUUAGUUUGUAAAUAUUGUGUAAGAUAUUUAAGAUAUGUAUUCUUUAUGUUACACGGUGACAUAACUGUACUUCAGUGCUUCAGUAAGCCUCGGGCUUUGUGUGUCACUGUCAAUAUUUAUUUCAAACUCAAAGCAAAAAAAAAGCGGUCAACUAAUGUGAAUCAUACAGUGGCUUUAGGAUUAAAGGGUCUUUUCUGAGUGGGAUUGAGAGGUUUUGAAACUGUAUGAUUUAUUGGACUAUGUAUAUUUAUACUCUUUACUCUUGAAAAUUUUAAACCUUCUCUUUGGAAACCCCCCUCCACAGUUAUUUGUAAUUUUGUAUAUUCUAUAAGCAACCCACAAGUAUUCCUUAUGAUAUACGAGUAUUGCUUUUUGAUCUAGCCUUGCAUGAUGCUUAUAUGAUUGAUUGAUCAAUUUCCAAUAAAUACACUGGCAAAUGACCUCAAACAAGUCUUCUGUACAUUCCAAUAGUGUUUAAGACAGUAUUAGUUUUAUUUGAAUAUAUUACAUAUAUAUUUCUUCUAUCAUAUGUCCAUUGCAAGGCCUUGGCAAUGCUGUUACCGUCAUGCCAAUAAAGCUUGUUUAAGUUUGACA